AUGGUGAGAUUCAACCGCCAUAUUCAAGUAGUGGGCUGCCACUGCGCAGGUGAAGCCUGCGAUGUCAUUACCGGCGGUGUUAUGGAUCCCCCAGGAUGCAGCACCAUGUACGAUAAGCUGGUCCACUUCCGGGACAAUGAAGAUCACAUUCGACAGCUUCUUUUACAAGAGCCUCGAGGACGUUCUGCUAUGUGCCUAAAUCUCGUCCUACCACCUACCAACCCCAAGGCCGAUGCCGGGUUUCUGAUUAUGGAAAGUGAUGAAUACCCACCCAUGUCCGGAGGGCAACACAAUUGCCACAUCCACGAUACGCCAGCGGGGCUGGUGACCGUUCAUGCAGACUGCGAGGACGGGAAGGUCAAGGCGGUUGCCUUUGAUAAUGUCCCCUCAUUCGUGUUCAAGCUAGACUACCAGAUACAAGUCCCCGAGCUCCCAGAGCUUGGAACCAUUACCCUCGACAUUGCCUGGGGAGGCAUGAUCUAUGCAGUUGUGGAUGUAACAAGGCUUGGCAUCAAGAUCAACCACAAAAAUAGCCCUAGGCUGAUUCAAAUCGGGGAAGCAAUCAAGAUCGCUCUUAAUAAGUCCGACUAUAUCCCUAUCCACCCAGAAAAUCCCAGCAUCAAGGGAGUGAGCGUCCUCGAGUUUACAGAGCCUAUGAACCAUGAGACAAUGGAAGCCACAAAUACAGUUGUCGUGUCUCCGGGUCGACUCGAUCGAUGUCCAUGUGGUACCGGUAGCUGUGCAAGAAUGGCUAUCCUACAUGCCCGCGGCCAGCUUGCUGUUGGUGAGCGUUUCACGCACCGAAGUAUUAUUGGGAGUACCUUUGAGUGUCACAUCCGUGGAACGACGAAGGUGGGGGAAUACGAUGCUAUCAAACCAACUGUGAAGGGAAGUGCUUGGAUCAACUCGUUCAAGCAAUACGUUUUGGAUCCAACUGACCCUUGGCCCACUGGUUUCAGGGUUGGUGAUCAGUGGCUUGUGACUGAGGGGUAA